AUGUCACGUCCCAGUACUGCCUCCCACAAGCCUGCCAUGGGCCAAUCCAAACACUCUGGUGGUGGGGGGCCCAGGGGCAAAGGGCUGAAAGACAUACGCAUCGACGAAGAAGUUAAGAUUGCUGUGAACAUCUCCCUUGAGAGAUUUCAGUACAGUGAGCAAAAAGGUAAGAGAAAAUGGUCAUUCUACUCAUGCUGAUGAAGUGGUGCUUCGUGGAGAAAUGUGGAUUACAGUGCCUUCGGAAAGUAUUCACACCCCUUCACUUUUUCCACAUUUUGUUACGUUACAGCCUUAUUAAAAAAUGUAUUAAAAUGUUUUUUUCCCCCUCAUCAGUCUACAUACAAUACCCCAUAAUGACAAAGCAAAAACAGUUUAAUGUUUGCUAAUUUAUAAUAAAUAAAAUAGAAAAAUAUAACAUUUACAUAAGUAUUCAGACCCUUUACUCAGUACUUUGUUGAAGUACCUUUGGAAGUGAUUAUAGCAUCGAGUCUUCUAGGGUAUGACGCUACAAGCUUGGCACACCUGUAUUUGGCGAGUUUCUCCCAUUCUUCUCUGCAGAUCCUCUCAAGCUCUGUUAGGUUGGAUGGGGAGUGUUGCUGCACAGCUAUUUUCAGGUCUCUCCAGAGAUGUUCAAUCGGGUUCAAGUCUGGGCUCUGGCUGGGCCACUCAAGGACAUUCAGAGACUUGUCCCAAAGCUGCUCCUGCGUUGUCUUGGCUGUGUGCUUAUGGUCAUUGUCCUGUUAGAAGGUGAACCUUCGCCCCAGUCUGAAGUCCUGAGCGCUCUGGAGCAGGUUUUCAUCAAGGAUCUCUCUGUACUUUGUACUUUGCUCCAUUCAUCUUUUCCUCGAUCCUGACUAGUGUCCCAGUCCCUGCCGCUGAAAAACAUCCCCACAGCAUGAUGCUGCCACCACCAUGCUUCACCGUAGGGAUGGUGCCAGGUUUCUUCCAGAUGUGACGAUUGGCAUUCAGGCCAAAGAGUUCAAUCUUGGUUUCAUCAGACCAGAGAAUCUUGUUUCUUAUGAUCGUAGAGUCUUUAGGUGCAAACUCCAAGCGAGCUGUCAUGUGCCUUUUACUGAGGAGUGGCUUCUGUCUGGCCACUCUACCAUAAAGGCCUAAUUGGUGGAGAGCUGCAGAGAUGGUUGUCCUUCUGGAAGGUUCUCCCAUCUCCACAGAGGAACUCUAGAGCUCUGUCAGAGUGACCAUCGGGUUCUUGGUCACCUCCCUGACCAAGGCCCUUCUCCCCCGAUUGCUCAGUUUGGCCGGGCGGCCAGCUCUAGGAAGAGUCUUGGUGGUUCCAAACUUCUUCCAUUUAAGAAUGAUGGAGGCCACUGUGUGCUUGGGGACCUUCAAUGCUGCGGAAAUGUGUUGGUACCCUUCCCCAGAUCUGUGCCUUGACACAAUCCUGUUUCGGAGCUCUACGGACAGUUCCUUCUACCUCAUGGCUUGGUUUUUACUCUGACAUGCACUGUCAAUUGUGGUACAGGUGUGUGCCUUUCCAAAUCAUGUCCAAUCAAUUGAAUUUACCACAGGUGGACUACAAUGAAGUUGUAGAAACAUCUCAAGGAUGAUCAAUGGAAACAGGAUGCACCUGAGCUCAAUUUCGAGUCUCAUAGCAAAGGGUCUGAAUACUUAUGUAAAUAAGGUAUUUCUGUUUUGCUGAGGAUUUUUUUUAUUUAAUCCAUUUUAGAAUAAGGCUGUAACGUAACCAAAUGUGGAAAAAGUCAAGGGGUCUGAGUACUUUCCGAAGGCACUGUAUAUGAUGCAUUAUACUAAAUCAUUAGUUAUUUUGAUUUUUACAGAAAUUGAGUUUCCUUCCUCCCUGUCCAGUACUGAGAGGGCCUUCAUCCAUCGCUUUGCGCAGUCCCUGGGAUAUAUCUCUAAAAGCAGAGGGUGAGCUAUCCAAAUUGACAUCAGUGGUCAGAACCCCUAGCCAGGUUGGUUGUUUAGCAAUAAAACCGACACGUGCGCAACUAUGGGGCAAAACAGACUGGCUUGUCUUAGAUUGUUGACAACAUGUAAACUAUAUUUUGUCUCCAUGUUUAUUGAAAACAUAAAUACAUUUGCACAAUGAGAACUUGUUGUCUCUCCAAUACAUCGUUAGAGUUAGCUAGCCAAUUUCUGCCCUAUUAGCAUUGACAUGAAAUCAGUCAAAACACCUCAACACAAGACACUAGCUGAAACGAGCCAUCUACAAUUCCCGACAUGGCAGCUUCUUGUCAUUGUUGCUAGCUAUCUGACUGUUCAUAAUCAUAACAAACACACGGCUUCCGGCCACAUCAAUGCGCGCGCAUAAUGUUUUUGAAAUGUUGUCAGCCAACCUGUCUAUAGUCUUUAGGUCAACCUCAGAUACUCCCAUAUACACUGAGUGUACAUAGCAUUAGGAACACCUUCCUGAUAUUGAGUUGCACCCCGUUUUGCCCUCAGUACAGCCUCAAUUUGUUGGGGCAUGGACUCUACAAGGUGUCAAAAGCAUUCCACGGGGAUGCUGGCCCAUGUUGACUCCAAUGCUUCCCACGGUUGUGUCAAGUUGGCUGGAUGUCCUUUGGGUGGUGGACCAUUCUUGAUACACAUGGGAAACUGUUGAGUGUGAAAAACCCAGCACCAUUGCAGUUCUUGACACACUCAAACCGGUGUCCCUGGCACCUACUACCAUACCCCGUUCAAAGGCACUUCAAUCUUUUGUCUUGCCCAUUCACCCUCUGAAUGGCACACAUACACAAUCCAUGUCUCAAUUGUCAUAAAGCCUUAAACAUCCUUUAACCUGUCUCCUCCCCUUCAUCUACACUGAUUUGAAGUGAAUUUAACAAGUGACAUCAAUAAGGGAUCAUAGCUUUCACCUGGAUUCACUCUAUGUCAUGGAAAGAGCACGUUUUGUACACUGUGUACAAGCGAAACUUGAGUAGAAAAGUUUGUGUAUCCUUCCCCGACAUUGUACCGUAAGUGUAACUCCCUAAAAGCCUCCCUCAGGUUUACUAAAGUGUACUGUGCUUCAAGCCUAACAGCCUUAUUUAAUUCAUUUUCAGAAAAGGAUCAAGCCGCACCCUCACUAUCAGAAAGAAGGAUGGCUCAGAGACGGCCCAGUCCAUCAUGUCUUUCAACCUUUCCCACAAUUCCAAGCACGUGGUGCGCAGCCUGCUGCAGAGGUUCCCCAUCACCAACAAGGAGUGCACAGACCUACUGCCUCACACUGAGAGGGGCCUGUCUGUGGCCAUGGAGGCUGGUGAGUGGCAGUUACAUCUCAGGGUUAAUAAUGCAUUGAUAUCAAUGGGAGACCUUGCCAAUCUUUAUGUCAGAUGUACUAAUGAAUGAAUAAACGAUCAAUGUGUUAACAAUAUGUCUUGACAAUACAAAGUAUAAACAUUCCUGUGCCCCUCUUUUUUUCUCCACCAGAGAGCAGCCGUGACAAGAACAGGACCAGCGGGCGGCUCAACAACGGCAUCCCCCAGGUGCCCCAGAGGAGGGGCCCGUCUGAGCUAGACUUCUUCCGCCGCUCACUGCCUGUGUACGAGCGCCAGGAAGAGAUCGUCCAAGUCAUCAAAGACAACCGUGUGGUCCUAGUGGUGGGGGAGACCGGCUCGGGGAAAACUACACAGGUGAGGGGGAGAAACGUUUUAAAUUCACUGUCCAAAUAUGGGAUCUUGCUGUUCUUAUGCUCUACAAAGGUAUUGCAUUGGUAUGAUAAAGGUGUUACAUUUGUAAGUUCCUGAUCAGCUAGAAACUAAAUGGGAAGUGUUUUGCCAUUCCAGAUCCCACAGUUCCUCCUGGACGACUGCAGCCGAAAUGGGAUACCCUGUCGGAUCUUCUGCACCCAGCCCCGGCGUCUGGCAGCCAUCGCUGUGGCAGAGCGGGUUGCCGCGGAGAGAGGGGAGAGCAUCGGUCAGACCAUCGGCUACCAGAUCCGCCUGGAGAGCAGGUAGGAGAAGAGCGAGGGAGGAAGGGAGGCACUAACUCGGUCUACUUUCACUGGGCUACUGUGCGGAAAUUAAUUACUCUGUUUGACCCCUCAGGGUUUCUCCUAAGACGCUGCUGACCUUCUGCACCAGCGGAGUCCUGCUAAGAACACUGAUGGCUGGAGAUGCCACAAUGUCCACUGUUACUCACGUCAUUGUGGUGAGUACAAGUUACUGUGAUCCUUUUGUUAUAGUUCACUGCUUUUACUGAAUGAAUGCACAUCAAUAUGAGUUAAUCCUGUACUUCCUGCCUCUUGUCCAAUCAGGACGAGGUUCACGAGCGGGACGGCCUGAGUGACUUCCUGCUGACCAAGAUGAGGGACAUGCUCCAGACGAUGCCCAAUCUGAAGCUCAUCCUGUCCAGCGCUGCCCUGGACGUGGAGCUGUUCCUCCGCUACUUCAGCUCCUGUCCCGUCAUCCACAGUAAGUCAACCCCAUGUGUUUGGAUAGGCCACAUACAGAGAGGAGGGUGCAGAAAUCACUACAGAAUCACCUAAUAUAUUCAUCUGAAAUUGGGACCGGGAUUCAUCAGUGAAACCGUUACCUGCCAAAGCCAGGUAAUUGCAGGGAAAGACCUCUGUAUGGAAGGGGCUACUGCUUGUCUUGACUGGUCCUGCAAGCACUGACUUGUUAAAGUAAGAAUACUUUUUUGAUCUAGUCAAAGGAAGACCAUUUGAGGUGAAGCAACUCUUCCUGGAAGACAUCUUGAGGACAACGGGCUAUGCAAACAAAGACAUGAUGAAAUACAAAAAGGAGAUCCAGAGGGGUAACUACCAACCAUCUCUCAAUCCUGGUUUGCUUGAUUUCCAUUUUGAUUUCUGAACACUGUUUUGGACCCAUGUCCAGUUUUGGACUCUCCCAGACUGAACAAGUGCAUGUGUGUGUCGUCUCUGGCAGAGGAGAAGCAGCAGACGUCUUUGACAGAGUGGUGUAAGGUCCAGGAGGGCGGCUCCCGCCAGGAGCCCCAGAGGGAGAAGACCUCAGCCUCCCGUGUCCUCCAGGAGAACGACUUGCUGGAUGAUGGAGGGGACAGUGUCUUCAACCAGCUGGUGAGAACAACAGUUAGUUUGGGUUGAAUAUGGGGGCCAUGCACAUUUCUCAAUAUCUGAGUUUUCUAUGUUAUUUUCUCCCAGUUGCUUCAGUUAUUUUCAGUAUAUACUGUGCUGAAGAGAUGCCACUAAUUAUUUUCUGAUUAUUCAUUGAUUGCUCCUUAUGAUUUAGUUCACCAACAUCACAGGGGAUAUAUUUCCUGGUUCUUACUAAGUGGCACUGGGUUUGCUAUCAGUUUGAUACAGGAUGUGUUGUUUCAGAAUGAGAAAGAUGUGGCGUCAUUGGACCCGUGGCUGCUGAAGGAGAUGGACGCCUGCAUCUCAGACAUCUUCCUCAACCAGGACGCUGACGCCUUCAUCCAGCUCUUCAAUCUCAUCCUAAGUGAGAACGUCAGCGGUAAGAUGGGUUUUGUAUGCGUCCUUAAAUAUGUGCCCCAGUUUACUCUUGUAUCUCUAUCUUAUUUCUGUAUGAAAUAAUGACACCAACAUUAUAAUUUUUUUAUUUUUAAAACAAAAAAUAAAUCUUUAAUCCCAAGGGGUUGAGAGUAAUAUUCCCAAUAUUUCCCAGCCUGAUAUGUCCUCCUCCCCUUCUGCUUCUCAGUGGACUACAUGCACAGUGAGACGAGCGCCACUCCCCUCAUGGUGGCAGCAGGUCGAGGCUUCCUCAGUCAGAUUGAGCAGCUGCUGAGUAUGGGAGCCAGCAUCAGAAUCAAGGCCUCCAAUGGCUGGUAAGGGUUCUUUGAAUAACUGUAUGAAUGCAUCCCCUUUUUAUUUACUCUAUACACCAUAAAUUAGUCUGAAAUGUUGAUCAGUAUUUGGUUUGUUUCAGGACUGCACUGGACUGGGCCAAGCACUUCCAGCAGGCAGAGGUGGUGGACCUACUAGAAUCCUACCUGUAAGAGCACCAUGUAUCACUAUCAUUGCUAUGAAUGACGAUAUAAAAACCCUUCCUUAUUUUUGUUUAGGAUGAUAACAGAAAUACUCUCUUCCUUGGUAGCUCAUCCCUGGAGGCGGGGAAGCUGGACGAGUGGUCCCUGGUGCAGGCAGCCACCACAGAGAUGAGCCCGGAGGACCAGGAGCUGCUCAAGGAAUACCACCACAGCUUUGACGACGAGAGGGUGGAUCUGGACCUCAUCAUGCACCUGCUGCAAAACAUCUGCACCAGCUCCGAGGAAGGUGACAGAUUGUCUUGUCUAGUGACUACCUGAAAGUCUUGUGUGGUGACUACAUGACGAGUGUUAUCUAACAACUACUUGAUAGUCUUGUGUGGUGACGAGUGUUAUCUAACGACUACUUGAUAGUUUUCUCUAGUGACUACUAAAUGGUCUUGUAUUUUUAAAACUUUUCUAAAUGUUUGAUGCAAAGUCAAGAGCUUGGUACUAUAAGGUUCUAUCUGCAAAAAUAUGAUUCUGAGCUAAUUUUCUUUAAAGUUCCGAACUCUCCUUGUUUUGAAGGGUGUCAGCAAUUUUUAUCUUGUAUUCUUUUGAACUUAACAACAUUAAUUUGUGUAUUUAGAGUACUAUAUAGGUAGAGAACAUUGAACAGAACAGGGCUAUGUCAAUAACUCAAUUUGGACAAAAAUGCAGAUAGAUCCUUAUAUCCCAAGCUCUCAACGUGGCAGUGUACAUUUUUCCCUUGAUUGUAUUGAACAUAUAGUUUGAUUUUAUGUAAAAUAUUUUCUAUGUCAGGUGCGGUGUUGAUCUUCCUCCCCGGAUACGAUGAGAUAGUGGGUCUGAGGGACCGUAUCCUGUACGACGAUAAAAGAUUUGCAGACCACUCCCAAAGGUACUGUCAGUUAAAUGAGUGGCGAGAGCAACGUGUCCCUCUCAACAUCAUUUAAUUGAGCCAUCAGUAUUUCAACAUAGCUCUUGUCUAUUUGUGUCUGAUUCUGAUCAAUCUAUUCACGUUUUAUUGUUCUAAUUUGAUGCUCACUUCCAUGAUGUUCCUGCUUAUGCAACCCAAAUGUAAAUUUACACCCAACACAUUUGCAAGUCAGAUUAGGAAGCAUCAUUAUAUUGACAAAAAUUGCCAAAUAUACCUUUUUAUAGAAGAAAUAUGGAUUAUUUGGAGGAGACAAUUAAGAGAUUUUCUGUUUUUGUCCUGUUUGAACCACAUCUAGAACCUCAGAUCUGCGUGUUGUUUCUUUAUAGAUACCAGGUCUUCACACUCCACUCCAACAUGCAGACCUCAGAUCAGAAGAAAGUGCUGAAGAACACUCCUGCUGGGGUCCGGAAAAUAGUGAGUCUAUUUUUACAUCUGCUGUGCUGGCUAACACACCAAAGACCAGUUUCACCAAGCCUACUUCUGGGGCCCAAAGUGUUCCUUGAAGCAAAAUACCAUUCAACCCCUUCUUCUUGUUCAGACAUCAAGUAUUUUCCUCUCUUCCUCAGAUUCUCUCCACCAACAUCGCAGAGACGAGUAUCACCAUCAACGAUGUGGUGUUUGUUAUCGACGCAGGAAAAGUCAAAGAGGUUAUGAUCACUUUGAAAACAAGAGUGUUUCCCCCCCCCCCCCCGACAGAAUAGCAAAUCUGAUAUGUGGUUGUUUCCCCAUCAAAGAAGUCAUUUGAUGCCCUGAACCACGUGACCAUGCUGAAGAUGGUGUGGAUCUCCAAGGCCAGUUCGCUGCAGAGGAAGGGCAGGUGAAGCACAGAUUCAGAUAUUCCCCAUGUAAAUUGUACAUGAUUGAUUUCUAUCAGAGCCCUACCACAGAGGCACUCCAUGCACUAUAGACAUAUCAUGAUGAUAAGGGUGUAUCAUCUCUUAUGAAGCCUCAUAGCGUCUUAAGUCCUCUUAUGAAUGUGUCCUAUGUUGUGUUGUGUGACAGAGCUGGGCGUUGCCGACCAGGGAUCUGCUUCCACCUCUUCAGUCGCCUCCGCUUCAACAACAUGCUGGAGUACCAGGUCCCCCAGCUACUGAGGAUGCCCCUGCAGGUACACACACACACACGCGCUUCACUGAACGUAUGAAACGGGAACAUACUUAUACAGACAAAGUUGUUAUCAAUAUAAACACUUGCAUGCAAGCAUAUACCUCACAGGCAGUGUUGUUUGUGGUAGUUAACUCCCUCCUCCCCUCUCUCUCUCUUUCAGGAACUGUGUCUCCACACCAAGCUGCUGGCCCCCAUCACUUGUUCCAUCGCUGAAUUCCUUUCCAAAGCACCCGAACCACCUCCCAUCCUCAUCGUCAAAAACGCAGUGCAGAUGCUCAAGGUAAGAGCUAGUAUUUUUAGUUUUGAACUGAUCAUGACCUAAAUAACUUUUUUCCCACUUUAUCAUUGACUACUGUUGUCAUCGAGGUGGAGGGCAUCGGUUCUUGGCACUGUGACACUACCUAAUGAACAUAGGGAGAAAACAACACUAACCAUAACAUUUAUCCAUAGACCAUAGACGCCAUGGAUCCGUGGGAGGACCUGACGGAGCUGGGCUACCACCUGGCUGACCUGCCUGUGGAGCCCCACCUGGGCAAGAUGGUUCUGUGUGGCGUGGUGCUCAAGUGCCUGGACCCCAUCUUGACCAUCGCCUGCACGCUGGCCCACCGCGACCCCUUCGUGCUGCCCUCCCAGGCCUCCCAGAAGAGGGCAUCCAUGUUGUGCCGGAAGCGCUUUACUGCAGGGACCUUCAGCGACCACAUGGCCCUGCUCCGAGCCUUCCAGGUAAGGGGUGAAUUUGAGGUUUAAAGAAUUAACUCAUUUAAUUGCUGUUGAGAUGUUUAGAGCUAGAUAUAUUUAAUCCAAAGCAUUAUUAGCAGCUUGAUUUGACUGCACAAAUCACAUUGAAAAAGCACUGUCCAGACGACAUGUUCCUAACAAUCCAUCUCUCCUGUGGUGUUGUAGGCAUGGCAGAAGGCCCGCAGCGACGGCUGGGAGAGGUCCUUCUGUGAGAAGAACUUCCUGUCUCAGGCCACCAUGGAGAUCAUCAUAGGGAUGAGGACCCAGCUCCUGGGACAGCUCAGAGCCAUAGGUCAGCCUUACAGUGGUACUGAGGGCUCAGGUGGAGCAUGAUGGACCAAGGUUGUGGGUUUCUAUACUGGAUAUUAAUUUGACUGCAGGUAGUGUUUGGAUAAAGACUUAUGCUCUACCGAAGCCCACACAACCUCCACCUGACCCUGUGUGAAAUGAAUAGCCUUGUGAGCCAUCCACUUGUCUUGGUGCCCACCAUAUCCUGUGGCCUUUUUGGUUGUCUUCGCCCCCCUCACAUCGAUACAUUGAUUCCUUUUUCAUUGUGUGUUCCACCACCAGGCUUUGUGCGGGCGCGGGGCGGCGGAGACAUCCGCGAUGUGAACCUGAACUCUGAGAACUGGUCAGUGGUGAAGGCAGCCCUGGUGGCCGGGAUGUACCCCAACCUGAUCCACGUGGACCAUGAGAGCUGCUCCCUCUCCGGGGCCAAGGAGAAGAGGGUCCGCUUCCACCCCACCUCCAUCCUCAGCCAGCCACAGCCCCAUAAGAAGGUAGCUAGCACACAUCCUCUGUUCACCUACUUUACUUAUUCCUUAUUUAGCUCCUAGUGGAGCAAAGUGUCUUCUUCAGUGAACCCUGUUUAGGGCAGUUUUCUUAAAAUCAGGUGCUUCCUGACUUCUCCAUCUCUCUUUACUGUAUGCUUACAUUCAGUCCCAAACUAUAAUAUACUCAAACCAUUUUAACCCCACCCUGACUCUAAAAACAUGUUUAUACCUUUUCUCCAUCUCUUAGAUCCCCCCAGUCAAUGGCCAGGUGGCGGCCGUCCAGUCCCUGCCCACCGAUUGGCUGAUCUAUGAUGAGAUGACACGAGCCCAUAGGAUAGCUAGCAUCCGCUGCUGCUCUGUGGUCUCCCCACUCACCGUAGCCAUCUUCGGGGGCUGCGCCAAACUGCCCAGCACAGCCCUACAGGAACCUGCCAUUCAGAAAGGUAGGGUUAUCUAACUGAAGGAAACAUCCUUCAGUUAGAUAAGUCUUGCCUAUAUUUGCACUUAAUAUGUUGAAAUCUGAUGGUUCCAAAGAGACUCUUGUAAAUAUCACUCUCUGCCUGUAUGGCCCUAUGUGCCUGCUGUAGAUGACGUGGUGAAUGAGAGCAGUGACAGUGAGAUGGAGGAUCGCUCCACGGCCCACCUGGCUCAGAUGAAGAUCGACGAGUGGCUCAACUUCAAACUGGACAGAGAGGUGAGGACAUAGCUUGGUUAUUUUGCAGUGCUGAUAUGCUCUGUUUGUACUCAAAGGGCCCUUCAAGCAAUACAACUGGGCAUUUAAUUUAAACAGCAGUUUUGCAUCUUGUGCUCAUCACCUUCCAGUGUUUCCCCUAUAUUAAUUUAGCAGCGGUGGGCCCAGUGCAGUCAAACAUGAUUUUCCAGUUUUUUAUAUAAGUAUAUUUCCACACUAUGACGUUGGAAUAGUACUGUGAAAUUGUGAAAAUGAUAAUGCCUUUUUAGUGUAUGAGCUGUUUGAAAAGACAUCUCUUACACAUUUUUGACUGCCCAGUGCAGAUUUUCCUGUGUUUUAUAUACAGUACCAGUCAAAUGUUUGGACAUAGCUACUCAUUCCAGGGUUUUCCUUUAUUUGUACUAUUUUCUACAUUGUAGAAUAAUAGUGAAGACAUCAAAACUAUGACAUAACACAUAUGGAAUCAUGUAGUAACCAAAAUAGUGUUAAACAAAUCAAAAUAUAUUUUAUACUUGAGAUUCUUCAAAGUAGCCAACGUUUGCCUUGAUGACAGCUUUGCACACUAUAUUGUAGGGGAAAACUGUAGGGGAAACUGCCUUCUCACCUGUAUAACCCACUCUUCUUCUCCAUCCCUCUGUCUGUCAGGUGGUGGGUCUGGUGUUCCAGCUGAGGCAGAAGUGGCACGGUCUGUUCCUGAGGAGGAUCCGCUCCCCCUCCAAGCCCUGGUCUCAGCUGGAUGAGAACACCAUACGGGCCCUGGUGUCGGUCAGUAGGACACUCUGGCUUAAAUUAUGAAAGAAAUACUGGAAAUAACACAGUAAAUGGGCCUGUAAACCUGGUAGCUGUACCACCUGGUACCUGUAUCUGUCACUGACCCAUACAUCCCCAUCCUGUCUCCAGGUGCUGGGGACUGAGGAUCAGACUGCAGGGCUGCAGCAGCCCACAGGGAUUGGCCAGAGGCCCCGGCCCAUGUCCUCUGAGGAGCCACCCCAGACCUCAUCCUGGAGGAACGCCAACAGCAGGAGGACCCCAGGCCCCACAGCCAGCCCCAACGAACUCCUCAUCCCCACCCCAUCACAAACAGCCACAGACAGGUGAUGAGAGGGGGUUGGAUGCGUCAGUAUGGGAAAUGGACCAACUACGAUCAAAAGUUGUAUCUCAGUAUUCACAAUGCCUUAUAGGUCAACAAAGUAUAUCAAUCUGUUAAUUACGUUUUUGUCAAUCUGAUCUAUAUCCAGUUCCUGGCCAGUCCACUAACCCACCCAGACCUCCCUCCCCUCCCCUCCCCUCCUCCAGGUCUUCCAGACUGUCCCCUGCCUCCAUACUGUCCCCUGCCUCGGCCCUCCUGCAGCCCAAAGCCCCCCAUGGCAGCAGGGACAAGGGCUCCAAGUUCCCCACAGAUGACCACUCCUCCACCACCAAGUCUCCUGAAUCGGCUUCACUCGGCCUCCACAGCCCCUGUGCCAGCCCCUCCCCCACUUCAUCAGGAAAGGUACACAAAUGACCAAUAUCUUUAUUAGUACAGCUUUUGCUCCAGCAACGGUUGAAGUCAUUUAUCACAGUGUGUAAAUCUAAAUCUAUCAUAGUUUAACUCAAUCGCUCCCUCAGUGCUCCAAGUCUCCAUCCCCGCAGCCAGGAGGUGUGACGGUGCGUUACUUCAUCAUGAAGAGUAGCAACCUGAGGAACAUUGACAUCUCCCAGCAGAGAGGAAUCUGGUCCACCACGCCCAGCAACGAGCUAAAACUCAACAGAGCCUUCCUGGAGAGCAGCCUGGUUUUCCUGGUCUUCUCUGUCCAGGGCUCCGGACAUUUCCAGGUGUGUGUGUGUGUGUGUGUGUGUGCGUCUGUGGAAAUGGAGAAUAGCAGACUGUAACACAGGGGUCCCCAAACUUUUUCCUGUGAGGGCCACAUAACUUUUCCCUUCUCUGAUGGGGGGCCGGUGUCAGUUUGUAACAGAAAAAGUGUGACGAUCGUAGGGGAGCUUAAAAAAUUUAUUGUUUUCCAGAAAGCCACACAUAACCAAAUAACCCUUUCCAGGUUCUUUACAGAAAAAAAGUCAGGAAACAAAUAAUAACACUAUUAAUGAAAUAAAUAAUAACUAAAUAACCCUCUCUGAGUUCUUCACAGAAAAAACAGGAAAUAAAUAACACUAUUUAUGAAAUAAAUAAUAACUAAAUAACUCUCUCUGGGUUCUUCAUAGAAAAAAAAGCCAUGGAACAUUAACUUUCUGUUGUGCCAUGCACAAUCUUAACAGAUAAAAGUUCAGCUCAGUUGUCAGAGCAGAAUCUCUCUGACACAUAUGAGCAGUCUCUUAAAGUUCUUGUGUUCCUUCCUUAUAAUCCUUUUGUAGGUUCCAGUAGGCUUGUAGACACCGCUGUUUGCAGCUCUCUCUCAUCAACUUCCCUGUGAAAACCACAAAGGAAGCAGGUUGAGAAACUGAACUAAGUGAUACAGCACCUACACAGCACAAUACAUUUCACUACCAGUAUGGUUGUAAAGAUGGAUUUUAUCCCAGUAGAUUUUAUUAUGAUUAUAUUUGUUUAUGCUCAGAAUGACUCAUUCAAGUCAGAAAAGUGAGCUUACCUAUGUAUGUUCAUCAGUGUGAACUGUGGGCCUGCAUCUGGCUGGUGAGAAGUUGAAUAUCAGGUUCCAUUCUAGUUACAGCCAGUCUCAAGCACUGAUGCAAAUGUUCAUCUGUCAAUCUUGAUCUCAUCGGAGUUUUCAGCAGUUUCAUGCGAGAAAAGGUUUUCUCGCAGAUAUACGUGCUGCCAAAAACUGUGGACAUUUUCAUUGCGUGUUUUUUGAUGUUUGGAUAUGUGUCGUUUGGGAGGGCGGCAUAGAAGUCAAUGAGACUGUUGGGCUUGAAUGCGUCUUUCAGAACAUCACAGUUCUGUAACUCAGCCAACUCAAACUGAUAUGAAGGCUGGGCUUCAUCAAUGUCGGCAACAAAGGGGUUCUGAAAAAGACGGAUGUCUUUUGCAUGAACAUGUAGUUCACUGAAUCGCACACCGAACUCCGCCUUCAGCAUUUCCAGUGCUUCCACGCACUUUUCAGCUGGGAACGGGACCGCUGGGUUCUCUGUCGACAGGUUUUGGGUAGCAGGAAGAUGGACGAAGUUGCGCUUUUUCACUUGUUCCAAAAGCAGCGCUAAUUUCACCUCAAAUGCUUUUAUGUGUGAAUACAUGUCGCAAAUGAGUUUCCCCUCGCCUUGUAGCUGCAAGUUAAGGCUGUUAAGUAUUUCUGUCACGUCUGUUAAAAAUGCGAGGUGCCAUUUCCAUUCUGGGUCGAUCAGCUCUGGGACCGUUUUGUCUUUUAAAUGAAGAAAUGCAUUAAUUUCGGGUAGCAGCUCGUAAAAACGCCUCAAAACUCUGCCCCGGCUCAGCCAUCGGACCUCUGUGUAGUACAGCACAUCUCCGUGCGUAGACUCCAGUUCAGACAGGAAUUCUUGGAACUGCCUGUGUUUAAGUCCCUUUGCUCUGAUUAAGUUUAUGCACGACACCACAACCUUCAUUACAGAAUCCCACGUCAACACUUUGCAGCACAGUGCUUGCUGGUGAAUUAGGCAGUGGACUCGUAGCGGGGCGGUGAGACCCCUUUUUUUCCAACUCCCGGUUCAUGCGUCCUAUUAGACCGCGAGUUUCGCCCACCAUGCUAGGAGCCCCGUCAGUCGUGAUGCUAGCUAGCUUUGACCAGUCCAGGUCCAACUUCUCCAUGGUUUGGCACACUUUGUCAAAAAUAUCCUCUCCCGUUGUAGUCCCUUUGAGACUUUGGAGGGCUGCCAGCUCCUCGCAUAUCUCAAAGUUUGCGCUAACUCCACGAAUAAAAAUGAGCAGUUGCGCUGUGUCUUGCACGUCCGUGCUCUCAUCCAGUGCUAAUGAAAAAAGGUCAAAUUCUUUCGUCUUCUGCUGCAGCUGGGCAUAUACAUUACUCCCGAUUUCUUCAACGCGUCUGGUGAUUGUACUCGCCGACAGACUUACGGCAUUAAAUGCAUCUUUCUUCUCGGGACACACCUCCUCCGCGACAGCAUCCAUACAUUUCUUAACAAACUCUCCGUCAGUGAAAGGCUUACCGCUGCUUGCUAUCAGUUUAGCAACCCGAAAGCUGGCCCGAACGGAUGCCUGGUUCAGCUGAGCUUGGCGUACAAAUGUAUUCUGCUGAGAUAGUAGUCCACUUUUUAGCUUUGAGAGUUUGUCUGCUCGUAUUUGGCCUUGCAAGCUAUCGUACUUGUCUUUGUGACGGGAUUCAUAGUGUCGGCGAAGAUUGUAUUCUUUGAAUACCGCCACCGUCUCUUGACAGAUGAGACAAACAGCCUUUUCUUUGCAUUGAACAAAAAAAUAAUCGUUUGUCCACUGCAGGUUAAAUACCCUGCAUUCUGAAUCAAUUUUUCUCUUACUGUAACAUGUCAUUUUCGGGCCUCUCAGGGCUAUGCGCGGAUGAUGUCGGUCAUCGGACAGGAGCCCUGUCAGGACUGGGGCUCCACAGGGCUGGGGGGGGUUUUCAGUGUGGAGUGGACCCGGAAGGAGAUCCUGCCCUUCCAGUAUGCCCAGCAGCUGCUCAACCCCUGGAACGACAACAAGAAAGUGCAGAUCAGCAGAGACGGACAGGUGGGUUACCUAACAUCAAUACAGUCAGAACAUCUCCACAGACCAGGACCAAUAUAGACAACUGAACAAAGAGAUAUCUUAUGCUGCUAAUAUGGUCAAAACUCCCCUACAGACUACUGUCAAGAUGAUCUCACUAUCUGAGGACAAUAGAGCUUGCCAGCUUGUAGUGCUAAACAACAGAAAUUAGUUAGCAUUAUGCUCAUGUAAGUCGCUCUGGAUAAGAGCGUCUGCUAAAUGACUAAAAUGUAAAUGUAAAUCUACCUCUGGUUCGUUGGCCAUUCCUAUGAAGUCCUGUGUGGUUCAGUUGUUAGAGCAUGGUGCUUGCAAAGCCAGGGUUGUGGGUUCGAUUCCCACGGUGGACCAGUAUGAAAAAAGGAAAAUGUAUGCACUUACUACUUUAAGUCGCUCUGGAUAAGAGCGUCUGCUAAAUUACUAAAAAUGUAAAAUGUCUAUGGGAUACAUGCUGAAAAUAAGGUCUAAGUUUAACACAGGCUUAGGAGAUCUUAUACGUUUUGUUCUAUGAGAUAAUGUCAGUUAACAUGAACUUUAUUAAUUAUUAAGCCUUUUUGUGCUUGUUUUGAAUACUUAAAUGCUUCAAAAUUCACAGAAAGUGAUGUUAGCUGAUGAAGAUCAUCUCAUAGAACAAAACGUAUAAGAUCUCCUAAGCCUGUGUUUACCACAGACCUUAUUUUCAGCGUUUAUCCAAAAACCCUACAAAAAAAAACAUGAAUAUCCCAAUAGGCUUUGGCCAACGAGCGAUGGCGGAGUUCUCCUCCGUUAGUGCCUACAAAAAGACGCCAUUACUAUUGCACUCUAUAUUGUCAAGAUGACCCCUCCGACAAACAACAUUCACUAUACAAAGACUAAUUAAACAAACAUACUAAAAUGGCUUACAUUUUAAGAUUUCAAGUGAGAUUACUUGAACUAUGCACAUACUGUAUAUUGCUACAUACACUACAUGACCAAAAGUAUGUGGACACCUGCUCGUCGAACAUCUCUUCCAAAAUCAUGGGCAUUAAUAUGGAGUUGGUCCCCCCUUUGCUGCGAUAACAGCCUCUUCUCUUCUGGGAAGGCUUUCCACUAGAUGUUGGAACAUUGCUGCGGGGACUUGCUUCCAUUCAGCCACGAGCAUUAGUGAGGUCGGGCACCGAUGUUGGGCGAUUAGGCCUGGCUCGCAGUCGGCAUUCCAAUUCAUCCCAAAGGUGUUCAAUGGGGUUGAGGUCAGGGCUCUGUGCAGGCCAGUCAAGUUCUUCCACACCGAUCUUGACAAAAUAUUUCUGUAUGGACCUCGCUUUGUGCACAGGGGCAUUGUCAUGCUGAAACAAGAAAGGGCCUUCCCCAAACUGUUGCCACAAAGUUGGAAGCACAGAAUUGUCUAGAAUGUCAUUGUAUGCUGUAGCGUUAAGAUUUCCCUUCACUGAAACUAAAGGGCCUAGCCCGAACCAUGAAAAACAGCCCCAGACCAUUAUUCCUCCUCCACCAAACUUGCAUUGGGACAGGUAGCGUUCUCCUGGCAUCCGCCAAACCCAGAUUUGUCCAUCGGACUGCCAGAUGGUGAAGCGUGAUUCAUCACUCCAGAGAACGCGUUUCCACUGCUCUAGAGUCCAAUGGCGGCGAGAUUUACACCACAAUGCUGACGCUUGGCAUUGCGCAUGAUGAUCUUAGGCUUGUGUGCGGGUGUUCGGCCAUGGAAACCCAUUUCAUGAAGCUUGUGAUGAACAGUUCUUGUGCUGACGUUGCUUCCAGAGGCAGUUUGGAACUCGGUAGUGAGUGUUGCAACCAAGGAAAGAUGAUUUUUACAUGCUACGCGCUUCAGCACUCGCCGGUCCCGUUCUGUGAGCUUGUGUGGCCUAUCACUUUGCGGCUGAGCCGUAAUUGCUCCUAGACGUUUCCACUUCACAAUAACAGCACUUACAGUUCACCGGGGCAGCUCUAGCAGUGCAGAAAUUUUACGAACUGACUUGUUGGAAAGGUGGCAUCCUAUGAUGGUGCCACAUUGAAAGUCACUGAGCUCUUCAGUAAGGUCAUUCUACUGCCAAUGUUUGUCUAUGGAGAUUGCAUGGCUGUGUGCUCAAUUUUAUACACCUGUCAGCAACGGGUGUGGCUGAAAUAGCCGAAUCCACUAAUUUGAAUGGGUGUCCACAUACCUUUUGUGUAUAUAUAGUGUAGCUCAUUCCCAUCUUUGGUCUGUAUAUUUCUAUGACUGGAAUGGAACUAUUUUUUUCCGCAUCUCACUGCCCCUCACUACACCUCUUCUCUCCUCUCUCUCUCUGGUUCAUGUAGGAGGUGGAGCCUCAGGCUGGAGGCCAGCUGCUGCUGCUGUGGGAGAGACUCUCAGGGAAACCAUAG